AUGGAAAACCAAUCGUGCCUCUCUGAAUUUUUCCUCCGAGGAAUAUCUGGGUCACCAGAGCAACAGCAGUUACUCUUUGGUAUCUUCCUGUGUAUGUAUCUUAUCACCUUGACGGAGAACCUGCUCAUCAUCCUGGCCAUCAGCUCUGACCCGCACCUCCACACCCCCAUGUACUUCUUUUUGGCUAAUCUGUCUUUUGUUGAUGUGGGUUUAACAUCCUCCACAGUUACCAAGAUGCUGGUGAAUGUUCAGACUCAGUGUCAUACCAUCUCCUAUGCUGGUUGCCUCACACAAAUGUAUUUCUUUCUGAUGUUUGGUGACCUGGAUAGCUUUUUCCUGGCCGUAAUGGCGUACGACCGCUAUGUGGCCAUCUGCCACCCUCUCCACUACUCUGCAGUCAUGAGCCCCAGAGUCUGUGCCCUGCUGCUUGCCUUGUGCUGGGUCCUCACGCACACUGUUGCCCUGACUCACACCCUCCUCAUGGCUCGGCUGUCCUUCUGCAUUGUGGGGGAAAUAGCUCACUUUUUCUGUGACAUAACUCCUGUCCUGAAGCUGUCAUGUUCUGACACCCACGUCAACGAGUUGAUGCUUUUUGCCUUAGGAGGCACAGUACUCAUCGUCCCCUUUAUUUGCAUUGUCGUCUCCUACAUCCACAUUGUAUCGGCCAUCCUGAGGAUGCGAACUCCUGGUGGGGCGGGCAAGGCCUUUUCCACCUGCAGUUCUCAUCUCUGCGUUGUCUGUGUGUUCUAUGGGACCCUCUUUGGUGCCUACCUGUGCCCUCCUUCUGUUGCCUCUGAAGAAAAGGACAUUGCAGCAGCAGCAGUGUACACUGUGGUGGUCCCCAUGUUGAACCCCUUUAUCUACAGCCUAAGGAACAAGGACAUGAAGGAGGCCCUUAGGAGGCUCCUCAGUCAUGGGAGAGUUUUUUCUUCUUAG